UUGAGAUUGCCUCCUCUUUUAUUUUAGUCCGUCCUACUGAAUUUAUCCCUUUACUAUUUUUCAAACAUAACUCUACCACUUUAACCCUAAAUGUAAGGAGCAAAAUCAAGGGAACAAAGGAGUAUAUUGUUGUACAUAGAGAUGGUAGCAAGUGGAAGUGACAUUUUGGGAAUGUUCCAACUAGUAUAAAUAAGUGAAAUAUGAAUACUUUAAAUACAAACUUAUUUCGCACUAGAAUGCACUUCUCUGACCCCUUUUCCACUUUGGUACAAGGACCUACACCAGAUGACUUAGCCAAUUGUUACCAAAUAGCCUUAUAUAUAUGAGCACUACCAAAAGCUAUUGACAAAAGAAUGCAGAAUUCAAAAACACAAAAGAAAAAAAAUAUAUAUUAGUGCAGCUAGGCAAUAGCUAUAUUGGAGUACUGAGCUAUUCAGUGAGUGCAGUGCUUAAAUUGAAAUAAUGGGGUCAUUGAUUGAUCUAUUUUUAGUUGCUUCCAUGCCUAUUUUGAAGGUUUUAUUGAUUACUGCCUUGGGAUUGUUUCUUGCUCUUAACCGUAUAGACAUCUUGGGAGAGACGGCCACACAUAAUCUCAACAAAGUUGUAUUUUAUGUGUUCAGUCCUGCACUAGUGGUUAGCAAUUUGGCUAAAUCAGUAACUAUCAAAAGCUUUCUUACCCAAUGGUUUAUGAUACCCAACGUUCUGCUUACGUUUUUGAUUGGUUCAGCAAUGGGUUGGGUGCUAGCUAAACUCACUAAGGCUCCAAAACAUGUCAAAGGCCUCAUUGUGGCUUCUUGUUCCGCUGGAAAUCUGGGGAACCUGCCCCUCAUAAUUCUACCGGCAAUGUGCAAAGAGAAAGGGAGUCCUUUUGGAGCACCUGACGUUUGCGAGCGCAAUGGUUUGGCUUAUGCUUCUCUGUCCCUUGCGCUUGGCACAGUGUAUUUUUGGCUAUAUGCUUACAACAUAGUGAGGAUCUCCUCAAAGGAAGUACUAAGAGAUGUAUGUAUGAAUAGCAAAACACUAGGGAAUGCAUCAUCAGUUGCAGAACCACCCAGUCCCUUACAUUCUUCGGAUCAUCAUUCUAUUGAAGCUCCAGGCGUCUCCAACUCUUCAUCUGAAUCACAGAUUAAAAAACCAGCAAGGUUAAAGCAAGGGUUAAGAAAAAUAUCAAAAGAGUUGAAUCUAAAGGCAGUGCUGGCACCUUCUACAAUAGGAGCGAUUGUUGGAUUUAUUGUUGGGAUGAUUACUCCUCUUCGAAAGCUUGUGAUGGACAAAAAUGCUCCUCUGCACGUUGUAGGAGACACUAGCUUCAUGAUUGGAGAUGCAUCAAUCCCAUGUUCAACCAUAAUCCUGGGUGCCAACCUCCUCAGAGGUAUAAAGGGAUCAGGAAUAAAAGCAACAACAAUUAUAGGAGUAGUAGCAGUUCGGUCCAUAUUGCUUCCUCUGUUAGGCAUUCUGAUCGUGAAAGCUGCAAUUAUAGCGGGUUUUGUGCAAUCUCAUGAUACUUUCUUUCAGUUUGUCCUUCUUCUUCAAUUUGCCCUCCCCCCAGCAAUGACUCUUGGAACAGUGACAGAGCUAUUUGGAGUUGGACAGAAGGAAUGUUCAGUGAUUCUACUUUGGACUAAUGUUUUGUCACCCAUAUCUCUCACUCUUUGGAGCACUUUCUUCCUCUGGCUUUUAUCUUAACCCUUUUUAUCUGAUUGUUAUUGAAUUAUAAAGACAAUUUAUUGUAAACUGAUCAAUUAAACUUCAAAGUACCUCUAAUAGCAUAGCUUCCAAGUCCUUAGUUUUAUUUUCUUUUGUGUAUUAUGCGUAU